AUGACGAUACCUUGGGCGAGGUUCCAGGGGUGCUGGAAGGCUCUAGAUAAGCCUGAGGAACCAAACGACGGCAUUUUGCAAUCCUGCCCCAUAAACGCCUCACUGGGGUCGCUAAAACGAGUUCGCUGGACCCAAGAAGUGCCAAUUUGCCCCCAGACAGUCGCCGACCCAUCCUUAUUAGGAGGUUACAUACUUGGCCGGUUGAACUGUCGGGCGCCUGAUCAUCCUUUAAAUACCCAGCUUCCUCCACGUCUGACUUCUCCCCCGAACCAACACACACUCUCCCUGUCAUUUUCGGUUGCCUAUCUUCCUGCCGUGUUGUUCUCAACAGACAUCCUUCUCUGCGCACGGCCCCUAAAUCCGCUUUCCAGCAAACCUAUCAAUUCCAUCCCAACCUCCCUUCCAAGCCAGCGCCGCGGCCACCUUUUCACCGCCUCUUCCGGCAAUCCUGAGAUUCAACCUUUAAAUCUCCACCGCUUACCCGGCACUUCAAGCCCUCCUCCAUUCGGUUUACGCGUUAAAGAGAAUUUUCACUUCUCUUCUCACAUAUUCCACCCUUCUACCGAUUCAAGCAGCACUCUAAUCGCACUCGCCUGUCCUCAGCCUUUCAACAGCACCUGCCCCCUUGAUUCCCCGUCUCCGCCUACCGUUCCAGCAUCAUCAUCACCGUACCCUACCGCAUUUCUCUUAAGCAAAACAUGGCCCCAUCCCGCAAACCACGCUGCACAUUCAAGGACUGCAAAGAAUUCGCCCAGCGCAUCGUCGGCGACUGCACUUUCUGCAAAGGCCAUUUCUGCGGCAAGCACCGCAUGCUCGAGUCUCAUUCCUGCAGCGGUUUAG